UAUUUACUUCCCUGUAUUUGUGUAGCACUGUAUAGCUGAUGAACCCUGCAGAUGUGCUCUCACCCCAGAUGUUUUUCGGGGUCAAAUUUCUCUGCACGGGGCGGAACUAGAGUAACAGCGACUCAGAGAACAAUCACACAACAUUCUCUCGUCUAUACGGCAGUCUUCUUUAUACGAAAGUCUUCUCUGUAAACUUCAUUUAACAGCGCAGGAGAAGCAACUAUGGCGGAAGAAGGUGAGAUGGAGAGUAUUGUCCCUAGUGCCCUCAACACAAGGAGUGAAACAGGAGGACUAGUGGAGGUCAAGUUUCAGAAAAACCCCUAUCAAACCCAGAAGUACCUGGAGGCAGAACCAAAAGCCUUAGGGGUAACUCAGAUUAUGCUGAGUGUCUUUAUCAUAAAUCUCAUAUGUUCCACUUCGAUCACUGAUCAUUUCCAAGCCUCAAUCGUCAUCGAUCCUAUCGGUUCUUCACUUAGCAUAAUAGCUGGUAGUGUGGCAAUAGCAGCACAGAGUCUUCACCUUCCAACACUGAAGGCCUGCUUGGGGAUGCAGAUUGUGGCAUGUGUGGCAUCAGUUUUCAGCUUUAUGACCCACUAUGCUUUAAUUUGGGACCAUUUUGUCUUUCACACCUGCUGGGAUGUGUACGUCAGCAACACAUCACAAAGAGACAUGUGUGAGAGGCUGGGGUCCAUCUAUGAGCAUGUCACAGGAAUACAGAUGUUGGUGCAGGCGACUCAGAUUGCUCUCUCUGCAACCUUGGCUGCUUUCUGCUGCAAAGUAAUUCAGUGCUGCUCCCCAAGGAGCAAUGUGCCUGUUAUUGUGGUCAACGCACCCCCAGGUCCUCAGUGACAACAGAGCCACAACUCAUUUAACUACAGUUAUGUUUUACACACUUGCAUUAUAAAUGUAUUAACGAUACUUACAUAUCUAUUAUAUGUAUAGGGUCUACAGGCAACAACCUUAAUUAUAGAAAAAUAUGUUGAAUAUAAUGAGUCUUUAUUGAUCACAUAUACAUUACAGCACAAUGAAAUUCUGCAUGUCAGGAAGCUGGGGUCAGGGUCAGCCAUGACACAGCGCCCCUGGAGCAGAGAGGGUUAAGGGCCAUCCUUAAGUGCCCAACAGUGGCAGUGCUGAUGCUUGAACCCACAACCUUCCGAUCAGUAACCCAGAGACUUAACCGCCAAACCACCUGUGCCCUACUAUAUGUUGAAUAUGUUGCUUAUAUGUGAUAAAAUAUAUGAAAAUUAACCCAAUAUUUUGGAAAUGCACCUGCCCGUGAUUUCCAGUAGAAAAAGAAUAUGUAUGCUUGUCUAAAAUGGUGUAGAGGAGGGGCACACUCUCUACCCUUGAAUUUUUAUUAUUUUUUUGCAUUGCCCAUGAUUUAUUUCAUUACAUAUAUUUAAUUGAGAUAUAUACACGAUAUAUACUGCAACAAUCUCAGUUUGCAAUGGCUGUCUAUGAAAAAGUAUUCUUAUUUCCAGCUCUUUUGAAAUUGCUCCUUCUCACUGUUAACUUUGUGCUUUUUAUCUGUAGCCAUGACUAAAUAUCAUUCAUGAAAUAAAUUUUUCACAGGCUCAAUUUGAA